UCGCCGCCGCGAUGUACAAAGGGAUCCUUGGGGAUGGAUCUGUAGUCGCUGUCAAAAGCCUCAGCAAGACGAGCUGCAAGCAAGAGGAGUCAGAUUUCCUGCGUGGUCUGAAGAUGCUCACCCUCCUACAGCACGACAAUCUUGUCAGCCUGAGGGGAUUCUGCUGCUCCAGGGGGAGAGGGGAAUGCUUCCUCGUGUAUGACUUCAUGGUUAAUGGUUGCCUGUCGCGGUAUCUGGACGUCAAGGAUGGUUCUUCCGGUGGUACCGUUCUUGAUUGGCCUACAAGAGUCUCCAUCAUUAGAGGCAUUGCGAAAGGGAUUGAGUACCUUCACAGCAAGAAGGGCAACAAGCCACCAGUGGUGCACCAGAACAUAUCGGCUGACAAGAUCCUCCUUGACCACCACCUUGCGCCGAGGCUCUCGGUGCCGGGGCUGCACAAGCUCCUCGCGGACGACGUCAUCUUCUCGGCCCUGAAAGCCAGCGCCGCCAUGGGCCUGCCGCGUCGGCCCUCCCCUGCACGGCGGCCGACAUCACGAAGCCACCCGGGGGCCAGAGCGCGUGUCCCAACUCGCCGCUGCCCCGCCCGGGGGAUCCGGUCGUGGUCAGGUCGAUGGCGAACCAACCGCCGCGGGCCGUCAGACUCGGCCACGCACACGCCCGAGCCCGUGAUGUUGCUGUUGUGGUCGGGCACCAGCUUGAAGCGGUAG